AUGGCCCUUUGGACGCCCUACGCUGAGGAUACCGCCCUCGAUCUCUCCACCAAGUACAAAAGUGAAAGUGUACCCUAUUAUAACACGAGUUAUUAUCCGAUGUACGUGCCAGUGCCGGAGACAUCGCCGCUAUCCAGCUGUUCCAGCUUUGCGCCGAUACCUACGAGCCCGCCCUUACGUUCCGGGAUGAUCUCCCCCCCGGACUCCCCGGUGUCCGUGAACGAGAGGAAGCGACCGAGCUACAUGAUGGAUGUGGACUCGCUAUCGGACGAUCCUGACUUCCAGGCGUUCGAACGGGACGCGUUACGAGCUAUGGCGGAGAAAAACGGAGGCACUCUACUCGGAAACAACCCAAGAAUGCGCCGCGCCGUGCAGACCAGCCAGAACGCUGACGACUCAUACAGAAAGCAAAGGGAGAGGAACAACUAUGCGGCGAAACAGAGCCGAGAUAGAAGGAAGCUGCGCGAGAUCCAUUUGGCGCUAAAAGUGACAUAUCUGAAAAACGAAGUCGCUAAAUUGAAGAGUCAAUUGGCGUCGAGAGCGUGCAGUAGAUGUCAGCAACCUUGCAUUUGUUAG